AGAAGCUAUCUAGCACUAGCAAGGCAGGACGCUUAUGUUGCGUCGAAGCUAAUUGAAGUGAAUUUGUUUGAGAAAUUGAUGUCCCACUGUGAAACGCAAUUUCACGGAAGUUUUUGAGGCGUUCAAAAGCUAGUGAAGUGAGAGGUAGCAUCAUUUACUCUAACUUCAGCGGUGGAGAAAGGUGACUAAGCGUAGAAAUCUUCCUGGAGAGAAGCCAUCGAAGGAUAAGAUGUCCAGCCUUGAAAAUCACAUAAAACGGCCAAUGAACGCUUUCAUGAUAUGGUCCAGUCGCAAACGCCGAGAAUUAGCGCGUGAAAAUCCUAAACUUCAUAACUCGCAAAUCAGCAAGAUUCUUGGCUCGGAGUGGAGAAAACUCACCGAGGAGGAAAAACAAAAGUUUUUCGCACAAGCCAAACUAUUGAGCGAGCUCCACAUGAUAGAACAUCCUGAUUACAAGUACAGACCGAAGAGACGGCCCAAGAAAAAGUACUUGAAACACAACCUGAGCCUCAACCAAGCGUCCUGUUCGUUCGGACCGUGUGUUUGCCACGAGUCCUCUGCGGCGCCGCAAGAGAACGAUCAGCUGGGGAAAAAUCCUGAACAUUUCGAUGGAAAUGAAGAUUUUAAAAGUGGUGAAGUCCCUGUUAAGAAGGAAGAAACUGAAUACGAAGACCAAAGUUGUCUUCCCGCUUCGCGACCAGAAAGCACUCCUAGCAAAGAGGAAAAUUUUGAAGACCUCCCUUCGCAUGUACAGUUGAGAUCCUCGUCAUAUUUGCACAAGGAUAACUGUAAGGCAAGCAGAAACAUAAGUGGUCAAGAGAAGAUUCACCAUCGGAGAUUUACGGAUGAGUUAAGUUUCCGAGAACAUCGAGUGCCGUUGUCGAGAGGUUGCCAUUCCAUGACGUUUCAAUCAACACCAUUUCAAAGUCAGCGCCACUUUUUGCAAAGUCACAUCCCUGGCGAGAGGGAAGUGAUGCAAAUACUUCCUUACCUCCCUCCUGUUAGAUGUGGCUGCUGCCUUCCUCCAGAAGGGCUUCCAACCGAAAAUGAAUUUUCACUCGGGCCACACGAUACCCCAUAUGUUAUUGUUGACCCAAGAAGUCAAUACUUUUACGAAGGAAGAUGGUGAAAAAUGUACAUAAAGAUUGUUGCAAACUUCCUGAAGAUCUUGCUGAUAUAACAGUCCCAUAACCUGAUUUAAUAUCUCUCGAUUAGCGCUGUAAACAGUUCUAUUCAAAACGUUUUUAUUUGUAGUUGCGAAAACUCAAAUUCAGCGCACAAGGGUGGUUUUUGUUUUCUACAAAGGGUUGCAGUGAGAUCUUGAAAGGUUCUAGAAUAAUUUGACUUUUCCAAUUUAUUUUUUUCAUAUUACAUUACAACGUUUGGUUUCAGUGAAGACUUCCGCUCUGAGAAGAAAAAAAACCGUUCUCUCAUCGAUUAGAUUACGGAAUUUUCUAAAUUCACAGGUUGCAACAUAUAUUUGCACAAAUUAAAUAUAAAAUAAACGGCAAUUGAAUAUAUUAUGACCUUUAAGAGAACAACAAGUAUUCGCUAACAAGAGCGAGAGAUGGGAAAUAAGAAACACCUUCUCAAAACAAAAAUCAAACAUGUAUUACUAGUAAUACACGAGCUAUAAAGGGUGAAUUCACUUCAUUGAAUUUUUACAUAAUUUCGAUAAGUGUCCAAAAGGCUGCAGUUGGUUUUAGGUAACCAUUGUUUACCACCAAUAGGUAUGAUGAAUUUUUGCAUUAACAGGUACUAUUGUCUAGUUCUUUUGUUUUCUUCUUUUUUGUUUUGUUUUGUUUUUUUAAUUUAUUGUUCUUCUUCGAAAUUUAAGAGCAAACAAACACUCAUCUACGGCGAAAAUAUUUUGAUUUUGUUUGUUAUUAAAGAAGAAAAUAAACCUAAUCAGGUAAAAACCUUCAACGACAGAAAAAAGACAAAAAAUUCUUCAAGGUCCAAGUUUACAUGGUAUUUUUUGAAACUCUAAAAUUUACUUAAAAUGAUCACCGUGAAGAAAAAAAAUACCAUUGUUUUAAUUGCCACGACAACACGAAGUGUCAAUGGUAUUUGUGAAGUUUUCUGUUGGAUAAAAAGUUCACUAUGGAAUCAAACCAACUGCAUACAAUAGAAAGGAAACUCGUAAACCCUAAGCGUUGCAGGUGGCUUUGAAGUCAAUUAAAGGCUGUUAACAACGCCUCGUUCUCUCAGCCAUUAGAAUGUUUUCCUUUGUGUAAAGUGCCUUUGUCUAACGGCAGUUUUCCUGGCGAUAUUUAAGUAGACAUGUAUAGAGUAUGCGAAAUAAAAUAAGUAAGUAAAUGAAAGGAAAAAAACAAA